ACACACAUACACACACACACACAAAACCCAUGAGCACAAUUUAUGUGGAUGUGCAUUCAGUCAUCUGACAGGAAAAAAGCUCUCGAAUUCUAGUGAGGAAGUCUUUACUUUUUUUUUCUUUUCUGUUCUUUUUUUGGUAUGUGUGUGUGUGUGUGAAACUUUUCCCCCUCUUUUCUGGAAGGAGUUGCUGCAAAAGAAUACUCUCUCUCCCCCCUCCCUUUCCCUUCUUUCCUCUGGUUAGUUUGGGAGAAGGAGAGAGAAUUAUGGAACUGAACAGGAGGAGGAAAUGUGACCAAAAUGCUGUCUAACACCAGGGAACCUACUUCUAUAAAGAAUUCUGCUUUUGGGAAGGCUGAGUGGUUUGGAUUCUAUUAUUUUUUAAAAGCAAAAGAUCUGUUUUUCUUUUUUCUUUUUUUGGAUUUAUAAAUGUAUUUUGGUCUUGAAACGGGAGAAACAUCUCAGCCUGGAUUGGCCAGCCUUUUCCCCGAGGGACUCGUCCGGAAUGGAAGAUUGAAGACUUCAAUAUUAUCUUUUGGGUGUUUUUCACUUUAAGCAAAAAAACACUGGUCGCCAACUCGGCCUGUUUGGCGGAUUCCCUAGCCACUUUUGGAUUCCCUAAAUACCUCCUCACUGGGGAUCAGGAGAGAGAGAGAGAACGAUCAGAAAACAACCAGACAAACCUCCCCUCCAUCCGUUUUGGAUUCAUCGUUACUGUAGCAUUUUGCUUUUUGGUUCUACAUAGACCAAACUUUUGCUCUGCUUCCCUCUUUCCCUUCCCCCAACAAAUCCCCAACCCUAUUUACCCUCUUGUUCCGCCUGGAGAAGAUGUACGAAAGUGUGGAUGUAGCUGGUUUAAACAGCAGUCCUAACCCCUUCUUCAUGAUGGAUUUUUACAACCAGAAUCGUGCGUGCUUGAUCCAGGACAAAGGACCCGGGAACCCUAACCCUUACAACACCCCUGUCCGUAACCAGCACUGGAACAGUUCCAACCACUCCAUUGAAACACAGAGUACCAGCUCAGAAGAGAUUGUGCCGAGCCCUCCUUCGCCACCCCCACUUCCGAGAAUCUACAAACCCUGCUUUGUGUGUCAGGAUAAGUCGUCUGGCUACCACUAUGGUGUCAGCGCCUGUGAAGGAUGCAAAGGUUUUUUCCGCCGCAGCAUCCAGAAGAACAUGGUAUACACCUGCCACCGUGACAAGAACUGCAUCAUCAACAAGGUCACACGAAACCGGUGUCAAUACUGCCGCCUGCAGAAGUGCUUUGAAGUGGGCAUGUCCAAGGAAUCUGUCCGGAAUGACAGGAACAAGAAGAAGAAAGAUGCUCCCAAGCAGGAGUGUUCAGAGAGCUACAUCAUCACACCUGAGGUGGAAGAUCUCAUUGAGAAAGUACGCAAGGCCCACCAGGACACCUUUCCUGCUCUCUGCCAGUUGGGCAAGUACACCACAAAUAACAGUUCGGAUCAACGGGUCUCUCUUGACAUCGACCUAUGGGACAAGUUCAGUGAACUGUCCACCAAGUGUAUCAUCAAGACGGUUGAAUUUGCCAAGCAGUUGCCAGGUUUCACUUCGCUUACAAUCGCUGACCAGAUCACGCUCCUCAAAGCUGCCUGCCUAGACAUUUUGAUCCUGCGGAUAUGUACGCGCUAUACUCCAGAACAGGAUACUAUGACUUUCUCAGAUGGCCUGACACUCAACCGCACGCAGAUGCACAACGCAGGCUUUGGACCUCUCACAGACCUAGUUUUUGCCUUUGCCAACCAGUUGCUGCCGCUUGAGAUGGAUGAUGCAGAAACAGGACUUCUCAGCGCCAUAUGUCUCAUAUGUGGGGAUCGGCAAGACCUGGAGCAGCCGGAUCGAGUUGAUAAAUUGCAGGAACCACUACUGGAAGCUUUGAAAAUCUAUGUGAGGAAGAGAAGGCCUAGCAAACCCCAUAUGUUCCCCAAAAUGCUGAUGAAGAUCACAGAUCUGCGAAGCAUCAGUGCAAAAGGUGCUGAAAGAGUGAUCACACUGAAAAUGGAGAUCCCUGGAUCUAUGCCACCACUCAUCCAGGAGAUGCUGGAGAACUCCGAAGGCAUGGACACAUUGGGGGCCUCCACAGGAGCCUCUUCCCGCAUAGGCAGCCUAGCCCCACCCCCAGGCAGCUGUAGCCCCAGCCUUUCUCCCAGUUCCAACAGAAGUAGUCCUGCCACACAUUCGCCGUGACCAUGCCGGCCACCAGGACAAGCUGCUUGAACCCCUCUGCUCCUGCACACUCUCUGUUGACUCGCAAUGCCUGGACAAAUAUCUGAGGAGCAGGAGUGGGUGUGUGAGGAGGGGAAGCAGUGGGACAGCAUGCUGCUGCAAGCAAUCUCCUCCUACCCUCCCCCUACGUCAUGUGGGUCAAGGUUGGGCUCACGGGGGCAGGUUCAAUGUACUGUUCCAUACCAGCACACUAUCUUUUUGUUCAACCGUUCCAGCAAAACAGGGUUCUGCUUGCCAUGAAGACCCAUUUUCUCCCGUGGGAGGUACGGAACCCUAUGCAGGAAGUUCUGAACUCUCUCCAGACAGAUCGACAAGCUGAUCUGAAAGACUGAUGCUCACAAUUAGGAGCAAGACUUUCUAGCCAAUUACAGAAAAAUUCACCUCCUAUGUGGCACGCACCCUCCCACUCUUCCCAUCAUCCUGUUGUGCACACAUACACACCUCCACAAAGGAGUUGCCUGCUUCUUGUUGCAGUGAAAAUGAAGUGGUGUUUUUCCUCCCCCCCCCGCCCCCCAGAUUGAGUUUGCAUUUCAAAUGUUUCAGGGGAAAGGGUGUAUUGUUUUCUGUUGUUUUUUUAAUUGCUCAAAAACCUUCUUUGUCCUCAACCUUGACCACAGAAAGAUACCUUUCCUCCCCCUAUAUCUCCUGCACUCCUUGUUCCUCUCUCACACACCUAAAAAUGUCACCAGCAAAUAAUAAUAAAAAAGUAACAUUA